GUCAGUUUUAUUAACAAUCGCUUUCCAUCAUGACGAUAGAGCCACGCUUCUCAAUACAGAGUAACAGCCAAAUACGACAUCCUAUUUUUGGCGUACGAUACCUACAAUGUCUGUUAAUUUCAUGUGGCCUAUGCUUUAGCUAUGCUACGCGAGUAAAUAUUUCCAUGGCCAUAGUAGCGAUGAUGGAUAAUAAAGGUGCGAAUCCAGAUUUUCCGGAGUACAUCUGGUCGGAGAAAACGAAAUCGCAUAUACUUAGCAGCUUCUUUUUUGGUUACCUAUUUACGCAGAUCCCAGCUGGUGGCUGGGCACGUCGUUUCGGUGGUCAUCUACUGUUGUUCAUUAGUGUGUCUGCCAGUAGCAUAUUGGGCCUCCUCACACCACUGAGUAUCAAUGUAGGCGGUUGGCCAUUGCUUUGCGUGUUGCGCUUUUGUCAAGGCUUAUUUCAGGGCGCAACUAAUCCCACGCUCGCAACAAUAAUAGUCAAUUGGGCGCCCACACACGAACGCAGUGUAAUGCUUACUUAUUGCACUUCAGGCACAGAAUUGGGCAUAGUGAUUAUGCUGGCCACCAGCGGUAUACUUUGCUCUUCCAGUUGGGGUUGGCCAAGCACAUUCUAUCUACCCGGUGCUUUGGGUUUACUAUGGGCUGUUUUGUGGUUUGUGUUGGGUGCGAGUACGCCGAAUGAAUGUAAAUACAUCUCAACAGCUGAACGUGUACUAAUCGCUACAUCAUUGGGUCAUAAUGCAAGAAGUGAAGAAUGUCAAACAGUGCGUGCCAUACCGUGGAUGCAAAUCAUGACCUCAAAACCAUUUCUAGUACUUGCACUUAGCCAGUGUGCGAGCAGCUGGUGCUUUUGGACGCUACUCACACAACUGCCAUCCUACAUUAAAAAUGUCCUGGGUAAAGAUAUACAAAGCAAUGCAUUCUAUUCGGCACUGCCCUAUUUCUCUAUGCUUUGCCUUUCGCUGGCACUCUGCCCUGUCGCUAGCUAUUUGGAAAAGUCUAAGCGUUUGAAUGCGACCAUAAGUCGUAAGAUCUUCAAUACAAUUGGCCUAUGGAUACCGGCGGUUACAUUUGUCUACUUAGGUUUUAUACGUACCGAUAACGGUGACUUGGCGAUCUCGCUGCUAACGCUAACUGUAACAAUAAGCACUGUUGUACAUUUUGGUUAUCAAGUGAAUCACCUCGACUUAUCCCCACACUUUGCUGGCACGCUUACGGGUAUCGCAAAUACAGCAGCAAAUGUGAUGAGCAUCAUGGCGCCGCUCAUCGUUGGCUACAUCGUUACAGAUGCGACGAAUAUUUAUCAAUGGCGCAUUAUUUUCUGCUUAGCAGGAGGUAUAAGCUUUUUUGGCAAUCUAAUGUUUCUGAUAUUCGGUACCGCUAAAGUGCAGCCGUGGAACGAAGAACCGAAAUUGGAAGAAAAAAAUAAAAAAUAUAGCGUGGAGCUCCCAAGAGUUGCGCAAAAUUAUACGGAAAAAAGUGAUGCUGGUAUUACAAGAGAACACUUAGCUUAGUUAAUAUAAUUUUAUUUUGUUACAUUGUUUAUGUUUUAUAUGAAAAUAUUUUAUUUACAUUUAUAUAUGUACAUACACAAAUGUGUAUACA